AAUAAUCCUGUUAAAUCAACACAAAUAAAAAAUCGUAAAUAUAAGUUUUAAGAAAUUUUAAUUUUCCUAAAAUGUUUUUCAAUAUGUAACAAAAUUUACAAAAAUGAAUUUAAAAUUUAAUUGGUGAUUAUGUAAAAAGUAACUGAUUUUUAUGAAAUAUAAAAAUAUUAGUUAUAUUUUUGUACUCUCCAAUUAAUUUUUUAAAUAUGGCUUCUACUUCUAGAAGACAAACUACAAUUGGAACUAGAAAAAGAGGUGUACCAAAAAUGGAAUUGACUGCUGAACAAAAAAAUGAUAUAAAAGAAGCAUUUGACUUAUUUGAUCCAGAUGGCACUGGAAGAAUAGCUACCAAAGAACUUAAAGUGGCUAUUAGAGCUCUUGGAUUUGAACCAAAAAAGGAAGAGAUAAAAAAACUUAUAGCUGAUGUUGAUCCAGAUGGUCUUGGUACAUUAUCAUUUGAAGAAUUUUUAAAUUUAAUGUCUACAAAAAUGUUAGAAAAGGAUACAAAAGAAGAAGUUUUAAAAGCAUUCCGUCUUUUUGAUGAUGACAAUACAGGAAAAAUAACUUUUAAAAAUUUAAAAAGAGUUGCUCGAGAAUUAGGAGAAAAUCUUACAGAUGAAGAGCUACAAGAAAUGAUUGAUGAGGCAGAUAAAGAUGGAGACGGAGAAGUUUCUCAAGAAGAGUUUUUACGUAUUAUGAAGAAAACUAGUUUGUAUUAACAUUUCAUUAUUUAUUUUUAAAUUAUUCUGUAAAGAUUACCUUUUCUGUAAGUUGCUUGUGUGAUUUGCGUAAGACAUUACUAUUAUCAAUUAUUUCGAUUUAUAAGCUAACUUUAUUUUAUAUAGUGAUACACAAUACUAAAUAUAAAUAAUAGUUAAUAGUAUACAAUAGUAUACACUGGUAUUAACUUAGAGAUAUUGGGAAAAUAUUAAAUAUUUUGUUCAUAAACACUACAAAAUAAUUAUAAAAAGGUUUAUUAUUAUACUUCAAAAUUUUGUACAAUUUUUCAUUUAUUUAAAAGUGUCUUGUUUGAUUGUUGAUAUAGCAGCAUCAAUUAAUGACCUUAUCAAUUCUGCUCUUUUUUUACAUUUACUUAAACUUUUUGAAAAUAAAUCUUGUGAAAUUGGGAUUCCACCUAAAUAAAGAAUAUAUAGUAUAUUA